UAUCUUUCUCUCAUCUUCUCUUUUAUUUUUCUCUUCUAUCACUUCCAAAAUGAAGUUCCUACAUUUUUCACUUUUCCGUGGGAACAAUAGUUCAAAACAAGCUUUGUCAAAAGUGACUAUACAUGUAUUCUUAACCCUACUUAUAUUUAUUCUCACCACACUAUCAUGUUCUUUGUGUAGUUACUAUUCAUUGUUGAAGAACAAUGAAUAUAAGCAGCCAUCUUUUGAAAUUGAUCAUGAUUUGAAGGAGCCAGAAAUAAUCAUGUCCCCAACAAAUGUGAAGAAGAACAAGAAGUGUGACAUUUUCAGUGGUGAAUGGGUGCCAAAUCCAGAGGCACCAUAUUACACAAACACAACAUGUUGGGAAAUUCAUGAGCACCAAAAUUGCAUGAAAUAUGGGAGACCUGACUCUGAGUUCAUGAAGUGGAGGUGGAAGCCUAAUGAAUGUGAACUUCCUAUUUUCAACCCUUUUCAGUUUCUAGAAAUCAUGAGGGGAAAAUCAAUGGCUUUUGUUGGAGACUCCAUAGGCAGAAAUCACAUGCAGUCAAUGAUUUGCCUACUGUCAAGGGUGGAGUUUCCCGCAGAUGUAUCAUACACAGAUGAGUAUGCCUUCAAGCGAUGGACAUACCCGAGCUACAACUUCACAAUGGCUACUUUUUGGUCACCCUAUCUAGUUAAAACUAAAGAAGUGGAUUCAAAUGGUGGUCUCUUCAACCUUUAUCUUGAUGAGUUUGAUGAAAGAUGGACCACUCAAAUUGAAGAGUUUGACUAUGUGAUCAUCAAUGCAGGACAGUGGUUCUUGAGGCCAAUUGUAUUCUAUGAGAAACAAAAAAUUGUUGGAUGCCAAUACUGUUCCUUUGAAAAUGUCACUUACUUAAGCUGGCACUAUGGCUAUAAAAGGGCUUUUCGAACUGCAUAUAAAGCCCUCAUUAGUGCACGAAACUUCAUGGGUGUCACACUUCUUAGAACAUAUGCACCAUCUCAUUUUGAGAAUGGGGUGUGGGAUAAAGGUGGGAAUUGUGUGAGAACAAAGCCGUUUAAGAGAAAUGAAACAAGCUUAGAUGGCUACAAUUUGGAGUUAUAUAAGAUGCAAGUGGGGGAGUUCAAAACUGCAGAGAAAGAAGCCAAAAGGAGAGGUUUGAAAUUCAUGUUACUUGACACCACACAGGCAAUGUUAUUGAGACCAGAUGGUCACCCUGAUAAAUAUGGACACCCACCAAAUAAAAACUUGACAUUACCUAAUGAUUGUGUGCAUUGGUGCUUGCCAGGACCCAUAGACACAUGGAGUGAUUUUCUACUAGAAAUGUUGAAAAUAGAAGAUGUGAAAUCUACCGGUAAUGAAAGCUUUCCAUUAUAGAAAGAUUGAUGAGUAGAUUCAUAAACAUCAUUAAUUUCUAUUUUUUUUAUUGCAAUCUAUCAUUGCCAAAAAUUUUCGUGUAAUUUAUGUGUUAGGAUAAAUGAAACUUUGUAAUCAUUUUUUGUUAUUUGUAGAG